ACCAAACGGAAGUGAUCGGAGAGAGCGCCGGGGAGAGAGAGGGAGAGAUGUUUCUUCGGAGGUUUGCACGGCCGUCGUCACUGAUGAUGAUGGCCAAAGUGAAGGAAACAACGGGGAUCGUCGGUCUCGAGGUGGUCCCGAACGCUAGGGAGGUACUAAUCGGUCUGUAUGAUAAAACCCUAAAGGAGAUUCAGCGUGUACCUGAAGACGAAGGUUACCGCAAAGCCGUCGAGAGUUUCACGCGCCACCGUCUCAAGGUCUGCAAAAAGGAAGAAGAUUGGGAGGCUAUCGAGAAACGACUCGGUUGUGGUCAAGUUGAAGAACUUAUAGAAGAGGCUCAGGAUGAGCUGAAACUCAUCGACAAAAUGAUCGAGUGGGACCCAUGGGGCGUACCUGAUGAGUAUGAAUGUGAAGUAGUGGAAAACGAUGCCCCGGUUCCAAAACACGUGCCAUUACACCGGCCUGGUCCUCUUCCUGAAGAGUUCUACAAGACGCUUGAAGCUGCCAUGGCUGGAACUCCUAAAAAAGAUGAACCUGCAAUCCCCUCCUCAGGUUCACAAUCACACCAUGUACUAUGA